UAGUUCGAUAAAUGACGAUCCUCGCGCGAAACGAGAAUACGAAAUCCUGUUAACUCGAUCCGUUAACGUAACGGACACGCGGAGAGUGGCCGCUGGGGACUGACUCGUUGUCGGUGGUGGCGCGCGUCUGUGUAAAAGCCAAAAUUAUACAGAAUUCGUACAAAUUUAAAUAAAUGAAAUUAAUACUCUAAACGAAUAAAAUCACUACUCGAUAAAACUGUCUCAUCGCGUGCAGAAAGAACAACUUUGGGAAAUCGUGUUUUGGAGUUUCACGUUCGAGUAAUCGAUAUCAGUCGAUUUUUGUCGUACGAAAUCGAUACGCAUUUGAUUUAUGCGCGUUUAGUUUGUGCGCACUUAGCCGACGCGCAUUUAGUCGGUGCGUAUUUCGUCGGUACGUAUUUAGCCAGCGCGUUUUUAGCCGGCGUGCAUUUAGUCGGUGCGUAUUUGCUCGGUGCGUUUUCGGUGCUUGUGAACGGAGGUGAACCGGAGGGUGAGGAAUAAAGAAAAAGGGGGCGAGAGACGAACGAUGGUGCUGUCCGGUCGUCGCGGUUAAUUCGCACGUGUCGCGAUGUCGGGCGGCACGGCGGGCGUCCGUGGCACCGGCGCCGAGUGCAGGAAGUUCGCGCCGAACAUAUUCAACAAGAGCAAGUGCAGCAGCUGCUUCAAGCAGAAGGAGGAGCACAGCGCGGAGGCUCUGGAAUGCAACAGGGCAACGAGGAAGAUUUCAAAAUGCGGGUACCUGUUCGUCGCCCCGGGCUGGGAUUUCUCGAAUCCGCUGAAUCGAACGAAGAGAUGGCAGAGAAGAUGGUUCGUUUUGUACGACGAUGGAGAGCUGACGUACUCGGUGGACGAGCACCCAGAGACGGUUCCUCAAGCGAGGAUCGAUAUGACCCGCGUGUUGGAGGUCGCUGCAGCCGAAGACAUCACUGGACAUCCUUACAGCCUCGCGAUCACCGCGCCCGAAGGAGUUACCUUCGUAAAAGGCACGUGCCGCGAGGAAACCAGAUGGUGGGCUGAUGUGCUGCAAGUCUACUCGAGGAACAAGGGCCGACAUAAGAGGAACGCGACGUUCCCCGGUGGACAGACUACCAUUCUUCAAGUCACUCCAACGAUCAGAAGCAAUACACCGAAUCCUCCGCGACCUCGUUUCAACAGCUGUCGUUCAGAGCCACGCAGCAACACAUGGAUCCCAGAAACGAGCGUCCCUUCCGACCUUUGUCCACCGGUGUUCUCUUCCACACCAUCUUUGGUAACCAACAGCGUGGUAACCACCACCAGCAAUGCAACGAUGAGCAAUGGGAACGUGGAAACCAACAACGAUCAUCGAACGAGCAACCUGUCGCCUCUAAGAACCAGCACACCCCUGGAGAACGGUGGUUCCACGUAUCUAUCCUCCGUUUCAACCACUUCGUCGAUGAACGGAAACGUGUCUAGCACUGUGUAUUCAACCCCGUCGACGCCAACGACCGUGUCAAGCAGCAGUUCCUUGACAGAGAAGCCACCGAUCGUACCCAACGAGGGUAGAUCGAGCUACAGGGAUCAACCAGCGAGCAGCGCGUCUCCUCCGACCAGGGACAAGCUUCGAGCGGAGGACAAGGCCAGGCGCAGGAUGAAUCAGCACGGAGAACGAGCCGGGACAGCCUGCUCCGGCGAGAAACUAGACGAUGACGCCUGUCGAAGAAUCCUGCUGGAGCAUGAGAGGGAACGAGAGGGAAAAUUGCGGGAUAUUGCUGCCUCUUUGACCCAGCCACGCGUCAGGAGGAUCAAACCGAGAACGUCCGAACCGACUAGGGACGUGGUGGAUGCAGCUAACGCGGCGUAUCAGGACAAAUUCAUCAGAGGUGAUCCAGACGGAUGUGGCCUGGACAUUUCGGGGAUAAGAUAUUCCCCUACGUCCGAACUGAGGGUUGAUCUGCCUGCCGAGGAUUUAUUAAACAUCAAGAAAGGCUGGCUAAUGAAGCAAGGAUUGAACAAGGAAUGGAACAAGCAUUGGUUCGUAUUGCGCGGUUGCGGUCUCAUGUACUACCGUGAUCCUUGCGCGGAAGAUAAGGGUAUCAUGGACGGUGUCAUAGAUCUGAAUACCGUUACCGCCGUCACGCCCCUUCAAGUCGCAAGAAAUUAUGGAUUCCAGACCGUGGCCUGGGAUGAUCGAGGAUCGACCGUGUUGUCCGCGGUCACCGCUGGUAUACGAGCCAGUUGGAUGUCGGCCAUUCGGAGGGCUGCCAAUUUACCAGAUCCUGACAGUAGCAACGAUUCUCUGACCGUUUGUCAAGAUGGACAGCAAGAUAACACGCCUCAAUCACCUACUGCAUCCAUUACGGACCGUGAGAGAGACUCGGUUGUUCCAUCGACCUCGGUCACGCCACGCUCAGUGCUGUUCUCUUCGGACGAGGAGUAUCGAACAGCAUCCGAAGGUGGCAGAAGAGAGUCCGGUGAUUGGUCAGAAGUCCCAGUGUCACCACCUCUGGUAAGAAACGGUGAUUGGCCCAGUGGACUGAAGGGAUCAAGCUGGUCAGAUUCAGCAAACCAUGAAUGGUCAGAAUUACCGCCCUCACCACCGUUAACAAGAACAGCUCUAUCCCGAGUAAAAGCACGAUCCAGAUCAAGCUCCAGAUCUAGAGUAUACAAGAGAAGCUGUAGCUCGCCUUUAAGCUCAAGAAGAAGCACGUUGGACAGCGUGAGGUCGGAAGAUCUAAUGAUGGCUUGCUGCGAACUUGGAGAAGACGAGGACCAACAUAAUGGACACAUGCAGAACAAUAGUUGCCUCUCGAGCGCCAACGAGAGUCCCUUGAUCGUAGAAUUGUUGGAGAAUCAGGUAUCGAUGUUGCGCGAUCAGUUGGAUCAAAAUCAAUCCCACCCAAGCACGCUACUAGUCAUUAUCGAGCGUCAAGAAAAUGAAAUAGAGAGUCUGAAGUCGCAGCUGAACGCGGCGAGAGCGGAUGUUGCUAGUGCGGAGAAGGAGUUGUCCAGGUUGAGACAGCAGAAGGCUGAAGCUUCUAUUAGGGAGAAGCAAGUCGAUGAACUGUUGAAUACCAUCCAGAGAACAGAGCAACAGAGGAACAAGGAUUUAGAGGACUUGGAGAAGAUGAAGAAGAUGUACAACAGAGAUAAAGAGGUGUUGGAGUGCAAAUUGCUGGAGACAGAGGCUAUUCUUAGGGAGACGAGUGAACGCUGCGAGAUGCUUACUAAAGAGUUGGCAUCGAGUCAUAGAACCGUUGAACAUUUGCAGUCGGAGGUUACUUCAUUGAGUAACAGAUUGUCUCAAGGAAUAGACGAAAACGAGCGUUUAUAUAGCAAAGUUAGAGAAUUGGAAGAUAAAGGGGGACUAUCUUCUUCAAGGGAGCGCGGGAGAAGCUUCGACUCUCUCAGUGAUUUAACGAAUAUUGAGUUAGACCUAGACUUUAAUACUCUUGAUAAGGAAAGGAUCGUGGAAGAAUAUGACGAACUGAGAAGCCGCUUUGAGAAAGCUAUCCUGGAGAUACGCGCGAUGCGCAAGGAACUCCGUGAAGCGCACGCGAUACAGGACGCACUGGAGCUAGAGAUUUUUGCUCACAAGCAGGACGCAGCGAGUGUCAGCGAGACGAACCAGGCCCAGCUGCAGUUAAUGGCAGCUAGGAUUCAAGAUUUGACGAACAAGCUUGCAGCUAGCGAGAAACAAGUGAGAACGUUGAAGCAGAAGUUGACUAAAGCUGAAAGUAGAGAUAAAAGAAGAUCGCUGUCGUUGAAGGGUCGUGAGUCCUUCCAGAUCUCGCAAGAGAUGGAGGACAAGCUGCUGGAUCUGGAGAACAAGAUCUGUGCUAUAGAACGUGGAAAAGGUACCAGUGCGCCAGUAUCAACUGGAUGCAGCUCGAAGGAGUCGAGUCCUAACCCAAAGAAGGAGAAGAGAAGGGACGGAAAGAGUCUGGAUCGUACUAGAUUAAGAAGAAAAUCGCUAGAUAGUGCAACUAGUUCCGAACCGAUGAAAGUGUUGAUCAGACUCAGCACUCUAGAGACGAAGGUGGCGAACGUUACAGAAAAUAUGGCGAGUGACGCUGAGAAAGACUCCAGCGAAUGUAGCGAGAUCAGUGCAUCCUCCACCAGCGAAGUUUCAUUGGAGAUCAUCGCGAGGUUAAGGAAAUUGGAGAGGGUGGUGUCGAAGUCGAAGAGGAGGCUGGAGAAGUGUUUAGGUUCGACACAAGCGGAGGAUAAAGCGGAGAAGUGUUUGCGCGAGGUGAACGACAUCCUGGACUCGUGUUUAGAAUGUAAGAAAAACCAAGCUAGCGCUCAAGUGACCGAGUCAGUAGGCGUAGUGGUAUCUAGACUAGAGACUAUACUUAAAGAUAAAUUGAGCGAACUCACGAAGAGACGGCAGACGCUCGAGCAGAACGGCCAACUAAACGACAGAGAGAAGAUGAAGCUGGUCGCGGAGAGAGUGGCGUUCGAGUUCAUCGUUCUGAGACAGAUCAAGUGCGCGAUCGGCCGGACAUUCGACCGGAGUGCCGUUCUCAGUGAAUUGGUCGAAACUAGUCAGCUUGCCUCAAGCUUAAUGCGUAAGAUUCACGGAACUAAGCCCAAAACGUACCAAAACACCAGUUACAUUCAGUAUCUUACUAGAGUGUUAGCGAAUAAGUUAGUACUAGUAGGUGGCGUGGCCGCGACGGAGACAACGACCAAGGAGGUGUCCGCAGCUCGUAACGAGAGCUUGAACUUCCUGCUGCAAAAACAAUGCGAGGUGAACGAGAUCGUACGGAAAUAUAAAGAAACGAAGUUGAGACAGCUCGCAGAAGUACUGGCCGCCGAAACGUUGAGCAUGUCCGAGCAAGAGGAUUUGAACAAACAUCAGGUAACCAACUCGAAUAAAAAAUUACUGGAAGAUCGACGAAUUCGCGAAGCGUGGGCGUUGGCUCAAGAAACGGUCAGCAAAGAGUUGGUACAAGCUGAAGUGUCUCAUGUGAUCGUGCGUUGCGGCCAAAUGUACGAACAGAACAUCACGAGCAUCACCGAUGCUUGUCUCAACUUUGAGGGCGCGGAGAACGUAACGUUGGAAUCUUGGAUCGAUGCCGCGCAGGCCAGACUCCGUCAAGAGAUGGAACUUUCUACUCGCGAGCUAUCCGACGUGUACGAGGAAUGCCUUCAUCAGCUGAAGAAGAAUAAGUCGACGAUAGUUGAAUCGAAGUACGAGUCCCGGCAGUUGUUAACGGAAUACGCGGACGUGAUCGCGCACAAAGCUUUAAUAGACGCCAGAAUCGGGCUUCUUCAGGAGAAUACGAGACAAUUGACGAUCUUCCCUGGGGAGACUUUCGUAUCUAGUCUAAUCCGAAACGACGACGUCCUUUCAAGUCUGCUAGAAGCGGACGACCACGAGUUCCAAAGCAAUCCGAUUCUCGACGCGGAGUACAGUUACCUUUAUCAACAGUUUAGCAAGGACUGCGAGGAAAGGAUAUCCGGUUCAAAGCGUGCUUCGAAGGAUCAGAUAAAGAACGUUGGCCAGAGUUUGCACUACCUAGAAGAAGACUUAGUUGAAUUGGGCAAACGAGUCCGAGGCAAAUUGAGCGAAAAUAACGAAAAUACCGUGUGGCCUACGAAGUCGCCGACGGUUACCAUCACCGACUGGUCGAGUGUGUGCGAAAAAUGCUCGGAAUUGCGCAAGCAGAUCAAGAAGCUGAGCGACUACAUGAAUAGCGUGACUUGCAAACAGUGUGGCCAAUUGCAAGAAACCAUCGAUAGGAUAACAGCCGAGCAUAAUCAAGAGUUGGAGACAUUGAAGCGCAAUCAGGAAAGGGAUUUGCUGGACAUCAAAGGUGAACUAGACAAUCAGAGACAAUCUCUAACAUCUCAGUACGAACAGGAAGCGGCCAGUCUACGAGAAAAGGCGAGAAAAUUAGAACAUAGACUGAACGCUAUGGACUCUGAGCACUCUGCUCACGUGAACGAACUUAGAGCAGCUUAUCAACGAUCCAUGAGCGCGGAAUUGGACACAGAUGCGGAAACAAGAAAGAGAUAUAAAGAAGAGAUCAAGCAAUUGCGAGCGUUAUGUGAAAAAGGUUUGCUGGCAAUGGAGAAUUCUCAUAGACGCAUUAUUUCUGAGAUGGAAGAGAAACAUCGACAGGAAUUGGAAAAUCUAAGGGUGGAGAAAGAGCAGGCAUUAUCAGAAGAGACUCAGGCCACUCUUGCGGCUCUUGAUGCUAUGAGAAAGGCGCACGAACACGAAGUGCAGAAGGAAAUAGCUAAGUUUAAGCAAGAAUUUAUUAAACAAAUGCAGGCACGCGAGGACAUUGGCGUGCUUCAUAAAGAACACGAGGAAGAGAUGGAGGAGAUAAAGCAGGAAAUUCUUUCGUUAUCUGCAAAAUAUUCCUCUAAGUGUGUGGAGUCUGCAGCCCUGGAGGAAAAAGUAGGAUCCCUUACCAAACAACUUGCUCAAGCGCAACAGCACAUCAUGCAACUAGACGCGAGAAACAAACAGCUGAGGGCACAUUUGGUAUUAGAAACGAACGAUGGUACGAUCAACGACAGUAUGCAAAUGUUGAGGGGCAGGGACAACGAGAUUGUCGAGCCGAGGGAGGAAAUUCAUCGACUACAACAGAUGAAGCAUGGGGAGGCUCCUCGUGAUACGUCCGGUGUGUCAUCGAAAUCUCCGUCGCUAAGCUACUCGCCGCAGCGUGUCCGGAGUAGUCACGAGCCGCUGCUCAGAGCGGCGAGCAGCGAGGAGCAGAGAACGACCGGCGAACGGCCGAGAAGCUCGCUGUCCACGUUGCAAAAGAGCACGCAGGACAAGCAGGCCGCGUUCUCGUACAAGCUUGAACGCGUUAAGUCAGUGUCGUUGCCUUACUCGAGUAACUUGGUUAGGCCGGGCAGUAGUUCUGGCGUGCCGUCGCACGAUAGGAAAGAGGUGAGCUUAGGGCAAAAGAGCCAGGAGCGUAACGGCCUGGCAUCGCCGCUUUGGGACAGCCUGAGACCAAGGACCGGACUGCCCCAUCAGUAUCAAGGUGGCACAGCAGAGGUGCGAGUCGACAGCGCCGGCAGUGGCUGGCAGGGCAGCAACAAAAUCGAAAAACAGCAACACUCGGAGGCAUACGGCUUCCAUGCCAACGAUCCUCGCGCGUCCCGCCUCACCCCGGAACCCCCAGCUCUCUCCGUUGCAGAGCUGAUGAGGUCUCCAGCCGUGAGGUGGUCCAGCAGAAGUUGUCGUAGCCUGCCUCCAACGCCCACGCCGAGUUAUCAUCAUACGCUCCACCCUCCACUACCAGCGGUGGGCAUGGUCGCCGAGAGGAAGAAACGUUUCGAGCUCUGAAUUGCUAAUUAAGAAUGUAUCACUAUCCUAUUGGUCUGCUGAAAUUUCAAGAUUACGCGCAUCGUCGAACGUAUCAUGGGCAGUAACUCCAUGUAAAAAGAAAACACAAAUUAAUUCGUACGAAUCGUUUUCAACUGGUGCUAAACUAUAAUAGUUGCUCGUUCAAAAUCUUCCUCAAGGAAGACCCAUGGAUUUCGACUUGCAUUGUCACAUAUUGAACAUACGGCAUUUUUUAAGCAUUUCCUUCUUUUUUUAGUGUUGAAAUAACUGUUUAUGUUAUUUCUUUUUUUUUUUUUCGAUGACAAUUUGCAAGCAUUUCGUCACUGCCAUAGCAAAUAGAGCUUCGAUGAUAAAAUGGAGCAAUGUUCGUGUCAAUUAAUACGGUCGCCCGGGAUCAUGCUCGUCGUAACGUAACGAUAUUGAGCAUGUUUAUCAAGUAAACAUGAUUCAAUAGCCGAAACGAGGCUCGGGUCCCGCGCGAGGCUCGCGAGUUCUGCUUUACGGUUGGACGCCUAUCGCGAACGAUAGGUCGUUUUCGAAGGGACUAUCUUUUUCCGAUUUAUAUCGAUAGAAUUUUUACCGGGUACCAUUUACCAGGCCACCAUUCGAUGAGGCUGGUCCUUUGAUACGCAUUUAAACUUUCGAUACGUGAAUUUUUUCCCGUAGGACCGAGUAGUAGUCGUUUCGAUCGACUUUCGCGAGCGACGUGCGUUUCUGGGGCAUUAUUUCAGCUGUCUGCCAUUUCUCGUCACUUUAUUCAUGAUUGCAUAAAAGGAAGUCAUGCGAUUAUUGAUCGGUGUCUGAGCCCGUUUUGUUCGAAUUUCUCUUUGACUUUUUCUUAGCGCUUCGAGUUCAAAUUCGAAUUACAACGAGUAGCGCUUGAAUAUAUCAAGAAGUUGAAUCUUUACUGAGAUUAUGGUAAAGUAGGCAAAAUAUUUAAAUAGGCAAAAUAUUUUCAUGGAAUAUUCUUUAAAUGACGAGAAACGGCAAAGAAAGCGGCAGAUGCAAUGAAAGUACAGUAGAAUGUCGAUUAUUCGAACGAAUUACCAACAAUUAAAUUGGCAAGAUAUGAUUCACUUCAGAGAUUCGAAUAUAGGAAUCUUUAGACAUAUCCGAAUCAGUGAGAUCGAAAGUCCGGAUAAUUAACAAUCUACCGUACUGUGAGUCAUUUAUACAAGUGUCGUGGUAGUUAACGCAAUGUAACACAUAAAUGUAUCGGUGUGAAAGUGUACUGAUAAAUAAUUCAUGAAGAUCGUUGCGUUUGCGUUUUGAUAAAAAAGAAAAAGAAACGAUGAAAUGAUUUUGUACAAUCGUAAGAUUUGUUGUUCGCCAUCUUGUGACUUUACGAGGGGGCUAAUUUUAAUCGACGAUCGGCUCAAAGUUCGUCUUCUAGGGAGGCUUCAAUUAUUUCUUUUUUCAUUUGUUGACAAGUCGUUCGUGACUAUUAUUAUUAUUAUUAUUUUGUUUUGUAAAGAUGAGUUAGUGUGUUAAAGCGAAAAAAUAACGAUGAUAUUUUGUCGCGGCAAGAGAAGACAAGGGGCGUAAGAUUUAUUCUCUAUUUCUAUCGUUUCUUUCCUUUUUUCCUCUAUUUACUUUCUUUUUCUAUUUUGCACUGUUUCUCGUUAAUUCUUUGUAGUUGAAAAUAUUUGUACGCUUGCUUCGCGGAAGGACGCGCGUUUUCCUCUCAAUGUGUCAAAAUUAUCUUGGAUAGAAUCUUCGUUUUAGAAGAGUGCGCGUUUUCCUUUCCAGUUGAAGGCAAAAUUUUCUUGGAUAGAAUCUUCGUUUUAGAGGAGUGUGCGUUACGUCCUAUAUGAGUCAUCCUUUUUUUGACCAUGGAUAUUGGCAUUUAUUUCUUUUUGGAUCGUUUCUAUCCAAUUUUACGCGAUCGUUUUACGAGGAAACGCGCAAAACUAUGACUUGUCGCUGAUCCGGUCGCGUGCGAAUUUGAUGGUUUGUUUAUGCUCUUGUUAUGUAUAGAUUCUGCACAUAAUUGAAUAUAAUACGGCGUUGUCACAUUGCACUGUGUAUUACCACAUAUUUUCAUUGUGUAAAUGUUUUUGUCGGUUCGCGAUAUUAUCAUUUUUUGAUGUUAAUACUGUAUAGUUUAUGACGUUUUCAAUUUAAGAAGCAAGAAAGUAUAAAUAGCCUAGAAUUAACCCCUUCCAUAUGAAAAUGGAUUGUUUAUAUUAUAUGUUAUUAUUAUUGUAUUCUAUAUUAUAUAUUGACGCGUUCUAGUGAAGAUGUCGUACUACAUCUUAAUUGAUGUCGACAGAAGCGAUUUACAACAAUAAAAAGAAAAGGA